AUGAGAGACGGUUAUGGAAAAUAAUCAUGGGUUGAUGGUGCUAAAUACGAAGGAGAAUGGUUAAAUAAUAAAGCUCAUGGUAAAGGUAAAUUUUAUCAUAUUGAUGGAGACGUUUUUGAAGGAGAUUGGUACUGUGAUAAGGCUAAUGGAUAUGGGGUUUAUAUACAUGUUAAUGGGGCUAAAUAUGAAGGAGAAUGGAAAGAUGAUCUAUAGCAUGGUCAUGGUGUUGAAACUUGGAAGGACAAUUCUAAAUAUGAAGGUGAUUAUGUAAACGGAAAAAAAGAAGGGAAAGGAAUUUAUUUUUGGUCAGAUGGUUCAUAAUAUGAUGGUGAAUGGAAAGAUAAUAAAAUUUCUGGAUAUGGACUAUAUAUUUGGGCUGAUGGUAGAUAAUAUGAAGGCGAAUGGUUUAAUAAUAAUAUGCAUGGAAAAGGAAAAUAUACUUGGAAAGAUGGAAGAUCUUAUGAGGGUGAGUAUUUUAAUGAUAAGAAAUAGGGAUAUGGUGUAUAUAGUUGGACUGAUGGUAGAAAAUAUGAAGGAGAGUGGAAAAAUGGAAAACAACAUGGAAAAGGAAGAUAUGUACUAACAGACAGAACUAUAAAGAAUGGAAUUUGGGAAGAUGGAAAACGUAUAAAAUGGGUUGAUGAGGAAGAUGAUGAAAAAAAAAAUUGA